AUGAGUUCUACGUUGCGGAUCACUGAGCAAGCCAUUCAAGAGGAUGCAGCAGUACGCCACUAUGCCUGUGUGUUUUCUUAUAUGCACUCCCGUCCCGGUGGUGCAGACCAAGAGCAUCAUCAGGCUUAUACAUCAGAGGAAGUCUAA